AACAGACCAGGAAAAUUCAAAUGCGUACACAUGAAGCUCAUUCGAAGAAGAACAUGCUGUUCAGGGAUUAAGAAUUUCACUACAGUUAUUGAAGUUAUUUUAAUAGCGUCUGUUUUCAAUGUAUCGGAAAGCGGUGACCCACCAAUGGUUGCUGCAUUUAGUUUUCCUGCGGCCUUGAAAGAAGGAGAGCGAGGAAGUGCGGCAUGUACUAUCAGAUCAGGGGAUACUCCGUUGGAAUUCAAGUGGUUGAAAGAUGGACAAGACGCUGAGGAAUUUCCAAACCUUAAAAUCCAAUCUCUCAUGGACUCUUCUUUACUAGUUAUUCCUUCCGUUACGCCAAAAAGUUCUGGAAAUUAUACUUGUAUUGUAAAAAAUGCUUUUGGAAGUGAUCGGUAUACAGCAGCUGUGGCAGUUACUUCUCCUCCUGUAUGGAAAAAAGAGCCAUACGAUCUGAGCACCAUGCAAGGUGAAAGCGAAAUUAUUCAUUGCGAAGCUACUGGCGUGCCUACACCUUCAAUGAAAUGGAUGAAAGGGGAAAAAGGAAUGGAAGAAAUUUUAUCAGAUGAUAUUAGCUCAAAUAUCAAGUCGCUCCUUAAUGGUACAUUGUUACUUAGUAAGGUGGAAGCUUCCAUGGAAGGAAGUUAUACUUGCACUGCAGAUAAUGAUUUUGGUGCACCACUUUCAAAAACAGUAUACAUUACUGUUCGAAAAUCUCCCGUAGUAUCUCCAUUUAUAUUACCAGAUGCCCUUAGAGAAGGAGAAAGAGCUAGUACAAUUUGCACCAUAAGAUCAGGAGACAGACCUUUGGAGUUUGAAUGGAAGAAAGACGGAGAAAAGAUUUCUGAAUCAUCUUAUCUAAAAAUACAAUCUGUUCCAGAUUCUUCUAUAUUAGUCAUUGAAUCAGUAACUGCACAAAGUUCAGGAAAUUACACUUGCAUUGUAAAGAACGCGUAUGGUAGUGAUCGAUUUACAGCUGUACUAACUGUCACAGUUCCUCCCGUAUGGCUGGAAGAACCCCAAAGCGUAUUAACGCAAGAAGGUGAAACAGUAUCCAUUCCAUGUGCUGCUACUGGAGUUCCUGCGCCUAAAAUAAAGUGGACAUCAGUUAAAGAAGGAGAAAGGGGUAGCGCUACUUGCACUAUAAAAUCCGGUGACAGUCCAUUUCAAUUUGAAUGGCUCAAAGAUGGUAAAGAAGUUAAAGAAGCAGCUCACAUCAAGAUUCAGUCUGUACUUGACUCAUCAUUUCUGGUUAUCCAGUCCGUCACAUCAGAAAGUUCAGGGAACUACACCUGCAUUGUGAAAAACUCAUAUGGCAGCGACCGUUUCACUUCAUCAUUGACAGUUACAGCCCCUCCAGUGUGGCUGAAGGAACCAGCUGAUGUAAUUGUUCAAGAAGGCGAACGCUUAAGCAUAGAAUGUAUGGCAUCUGGUGUCCCAGUUCCGGCUGUAAAGUGGAUAUCAGAAAAUGGACGCAACGAAAUAUUUACAUCUUCCAGUGAUAUUUCUUCAAGGAUAGCAGUAUCACAAUCUGGAGCUCUGGAAAUAUCUAAAGUUGAAGCAAAUAUGAAGGGUCUUUAUACUUGUGAAGCAGACAAUGGCUUUGGGAAACCACUGUCAAAAACUAUAUCUAUAUCUGUUCGUGGUACGUAA